GUUAUAUAUGGCAAUUGGCAUUGCUUGCUUGAGCUUCAAUUCUCAGGAAUAAUAAUAAUAUAGUUUUACGGCGGUUACUGGUUAGACAGUGGUUGGUAUUGAAACUGAACUUGAUCUUGAUCAGUGAAGUGAUCGGGCGGGCAGGCGGGGGCGGUCCGAUUAAAAGAAGUGGACUAAUAAGUUAAAGGCCUAUAGAUGGGCUAAAGGGUUAUUAAAAUAUUAUUGUAAUAGGCCUUACUUACAGAGUUAAGGCCCAAUAAGUGAGCAAGUGAGUUUCACGUACGCCCCAUCGGCCCUGGCCUAUCAUCCCCACCAACGCUUUUCCUUCCCAAUCUGUGAUUCUGAUGAACCCGACUCUCAUCCAAAACAAGACGGACGGACGUCACAAUAUAAUAACACAAAACAAUAUUGUAAUGAUCGACAGUGGAACUGAAGCUUGCCCAGCCUUCCCAUCCAACUGCCAUCUUUAGCUCCUCCUCUUCUUCGUUUUGCGCUUUACUUGCUCAGGUGCUCGUCGCUUCGUGUCCUGCCUGCCCUCGCGCGAUGAUCGUCUGCAUUUACGCGUGGAAAGCUGAUUUUUAAUCCAUCUAUUUGUGAAUAUUCUUGAUAUAGCGUCGGGAGAUGCAUAUUCAGAGUCAGAGGGUAUCUUGGAUUGGGCGAGGAAGCAUAGGAGAGAAAUUCUUAGUUCGUGUGCUCAAACAAAGGGAAAGUCUGACGUUCAUUUCAAGAUUGGAUGUGGUGCCGGUUGAUGAGAACACGAAUAUUGUUGAUGUUAAGAUCAUCUUUGAAGGGCAACGCCUUCGUAUGAAUAUCCCGUCUGGCUCCGCUGCCGUUGAUGGAUUUCCCGGAGCGUGCCACCCUGAGGGAAAUGAACUGCAUAAAAUGGCCUCUGGCCCAGGUCGUGGAUUAUCCGGAAGACGGUGGUAUCCAAUAGUCACUGUGCCAACACCCAGUAAACUACCACCUGUCUAUAAAUCUGCAUGUUCAAACAAACUUGUCCGUAUUUAUCAUCAGGCUAAAAUCACUGGUUCUUUUCUAGUUCUGGUACCUCUGGUAGCCUUUUGCAUCCGAUGCAUAAUGGCUGCUUCUCAAAAGAGAGCUACCAAGAGCUUGAGACAUGAAGGUGCGAGUGACGCUAGACUUGGUCGCCAUGGCAGCAUGAGAUGGAAAGCUGUACUUAGCGACUUAAAUGAUCCAGAGGCAUUGGAUAUGGCAUCUGAACCUGAUUCUGAAGUAUGUGCGGAGGAGGAGGAGGAGGAGGAGGAGCAAUUGCAUUUGGAUUUGGAAGACAUAGCAUCCGGUCAUUCCCAUAGUUACAACAGUAAGCUUGAAGAUGAAUAUGAGAAGUUCCUGUCAGAAUGUGGAAUGAGCAAAUGGGGCUACUGGCGUGGAGGCUCUCCUCCACAAUAAUGGGAUGGAGAAGAGAAGAGAAGUUUCACUUUCACCUCAUCCUCACGGCUGUAUUUUGGUUUCAACUUUGAAUUGCAGAGUGAUGAGGGGUGGGUGGUUUCAUCCUGAUGUUGCUUUGUGGUAGCAAUUUUCAUGCAAGUAGAAUGAUUGUGUGCAUGUAUGCAUUCACAGCACGAUAUCUAACGUCAUACUAUACCAUAUAUAUAUCCUAUAUAUAUACUAUACUAGGGGGCUGUGUCUAGUUAUUUUCACCUAUUAAC